AUGUAUGUUGCUCUAAAGUCACUCAUCAUUUUUACUGUAGUAGCUCUUCUGGGCACCGGUUACGCUACGGAUUUUAAUCCUACGUCUACUCAAGUUGUCGAUGGAAUAGUGGCAAAAGGUCAAAUUACCGAAAAGUUCUUCGCAGAACUAGGACAAGACUUAACUGUUCGACCUACUUGGACUUACGAUAGAGUUUUAAAGAUUUAUACUUUUAAUGGAUAUCAAGUCGUGAAUUAUCAAGAUCACUUUUGUGUUUUUAGUCAAAAUCAAUGUAUCUCAGUCCAAGAUUAUAUUCCUCGUCACCGAUACUUUACAAAACAUAUUCCAGUCAUCCCACGUGGUUAUAGUAACAUUCUAAACGGUCCACCUGUUACUAUCUACAAUAACUAUUACAUUUAUAUCCCAAACAAGAGUCAUUUAUUAUUUUAUUACAAUAAUGGUCGAUUUGGAGCUUUUAAUCGUAAACAUUGGGAUCAGAGGGAUUUAUCUUUAUUCUUCAAUGUCACACCCACACUCCAUGCUUGA